AUGAGGGUUGGUAAUAGAACAGAAGAAGUUUUGCAAGUGGAUAUUAUUAAAGAUUCAUCUAAUCAACUUACCACUCCAAAAGAAAUAGAAGAAUCUUUAAGAUUGAUUGAAGACUUGAAAUUUUUCUUAGCAACCGCACCUGUUAACUGGCAAGAAAACCAAAUCAUUAGAAGGUAUUAUUUAAACAAUGACCAAGGUUUCGUAUCAUGUGUCUUUUGGAAUAACUUAUAUUAUAUCACAGGUACAGAUAUUGUAAAAUGUUGUAUGUAUCGAAUGCAAAAAUUCGGUAGAGAUAUCAUUUACAAAAAAAAAUUCGAAGAAGGUAUAUUUUCAGAUUUAAGAAAUUUAAAAUGUGGUGUAGAUGCAACUUUAGAACAACCAAAAUCAGAAUUCUUGAGUUUUUUAUUCAAAAAUAUGUGUUUAAAAACUCAAAAAAAGCAAAAAGUAUUUUUUUGGUUUAGUGUUCCUCAUGAUAAAUUGUUUGCUGAUGCAUUAGAAAGAGAUUUGAAAAGAGAAGGUCUAAAUCAACAAUCAACAACAAAACCAGUUAAUGAACCUUCUUUAUCAUUCACUUAUGAUAUCAAUUCUUCAAAAACAUUGUUUGAUCAAGUCUCAGAUCAUGUCCAAUCACAACGUUUCUCAACUACUAAUUCAACUUUAAAUAGUUCAUCAGCAGAUUUAUUAGAUAUGAUACCUGUGGAAACAACUGCAACAACUACAACUACCGCAACAAUUAAUAAUGAUCAAUUGGAAAAUAAAAAUUCAAAUAAAAAUUUAAAUUUAAUUAAACAAGAACAGGAUCAGACGUCAAUUAAUUCUAAUCAAGAAAAUACAAGUCAAAUUGGAAUUGAUACAUCAAUGACAAAUACUCAAAAUAAUAACGAUUCAAUCUCUCCACCUACUCGUCCUCCUUCAACACAGGAUUCAGGAAUGUAUCAAACGAUGGAACUGGAAGAAGAGGUUUCUACUGAUUUAAAUUCCACCAAAAAUGAUAAAAAUGAUUUCCCCUUGGAUUAUUUCCCCGUAGAAAUAGAAUAUCCAGAAGAAAAUAAUGUUCAUAAUCAAGGUUUCGAUGGGUUUUAUAAUCCAAAUACCAAUAAUAACAAUCCAAAUACUAAUCUAAAUAACAAUCCAAAUGGUAAUUUGAAUUUUCCACCAGAUAAUUUCUCUUUACCUUCAAAUAUGUUAUAUGAUAAUGCCAUGCCAGCAUUAUUUGAUGAGCAAUCGAUUGUAUCUCCAGCAAAUUCAAAUUUUAAACCUUAUAAUUAUCCUUUAGUCCAACAACCUACUCAUCAAAUCCCACUAUCGGCAACCAGAUCUCAUAUGUUCUCCUACCAAGAUCCAUAUAAUAAUAAUAAUAGUAGUAGUAAUAAUAGUAAUUCGAAUAUCAAUAAUUCAAAUAACAAUAACUUAAAUAAUAAUAAUUCAAAUAAUAAUUUAAGCAAUCCAAAUAAUAAUCCAAAUAGCAACAUGAAUAAUCCUAAUAAUUCUGUAAACCAAAAUUUAAGAUCAUUGAAAACACCACAACAAAGAACACAUAAUAUUAAUUAUUUACAACCUCAUCCUUCUCAUAGAAAGAUUAAUGAGAGUAUUAGUAGAAAAAAUUCUAUCGAUGAUUCAAAUAUUUCUGUACCUGAAAAUACUUCUUAUAAACCACAAGUUUUAACUAUUGAAGAACCUACUUUCCCCUUACAACAGCAAUUAAAUUCUGCUUAUCCAAAACAAUAUUCUUCUAAUCCAUAUAAUCCUUCAACAGGUUAUCCAAAUAUAUACCCAAAUCAAAAUUAUAAUUCCAUGAAUUUAAAUCCUCCAGUCAUGGAUUUUCAAUAUCAAGAUCGGAAUUUUAGUGGCAACGUUUAUCCAACUGGUGGUUAUGACGAAUUAUUUCCAUUUCAAGACAAUUAUGAUAAAGAUUAUUUCAAUAUACAAGCAGAAAAUGUUAAUUGGAGUUUUAUGCCAACUCAAGCGAUGCAACCUGCAACAAAUAAUUUUGCAAAUCCAUAUCAUUUACCUUAUAGAAAUACACCCAUGUCUGCAAGAAAUUCUUAUAUGAUGGCAGCAGGUAGUAUGUGGGGUCAACCUCCUCCACCUAAUCCAAAUAAUAUGAUGAAUUUAGGAUCUCCUUACACUUUAAACCAGCCUGCUUCAAGCACUAAUAAGCAAUUUCCUCAGAACAAUUCUUCUACUGCAACUACUAGUAGCAAUAAUAAUCAAGCCAAUAUUUAUUCUUCACAAAGACGUCGUGGUAAAUAUACUUCAAAUGGUUUACAUCAACAAAUUCAUAAAUCUCACAAGAUCACAAAGCCUUCUUCAAUACAAAGAGCUUCAUCUCAAUCCUCUAACAAAGAAAAAUCAAUUUAUUCGAAUAAUUACAAAUCUGUUUCCAUUAGCACUUCUACAAAUCGUCAGAUAAAUCCAAUAGUAGAGAAUUCUUCAUCAACUAAAAAUGAUCAUACUUUACCUGUACAUAAUAAAGGUUCAACAACUGUCUCCCAACUUAAUAUACAACCCACUGUCGAUGAGGCUCUUUUACCUAAUGAUUCAUCAUGA